AUGGAUCAACUUCAAUUAUUCAAGGUUCAAAAAGAGAAAGAAGAUAUUUUAAUGCUCAGAGAGUCAUUCAAACAGUUAGGGAAACUAGAAGAAGAAUGCACUCAAGAAUUAUCUAAUUUUCAAAGAGAGAAUUUCAUAGCACAUGAAGAGUUUCGAGCUAUUGCUGCUUCUAUUUUUGACUCAAUAGAAUCAUUUAGUAACUCCAUUAAUCAGGAAUUAGACAAAUUACAGUUAAAAAUCAAUCAACUUGAAACAAUCGCAAUGCAUGCAUUUAACAUUCAUUCUAAACAAGUUAUUUGCACUCCAGGAGCAAGCCAUAUUGCUUGUUCUGCAAAAUACAUUUAUAUCGCUCAAAUUGAUGGUGUUAUUUCAGCUUAUGAUCAAACAAAUUACAGUCUUGUACAUCAAACAGACCAUAGAUAUUACGAUUCCUAUAGCCAAUUCGGAAAAAUUACUUGUUUUGUAUAUACGCAACAAUUACUUGUUGGCUUCUUUAAUGGCAUGGUAUUAAUGGUUUCAGAUGACCUCAAAACAUUUAAACAGCUCAAUUACAUUACUCAUUCUAUUUCAGCUAUUCACCAAUUCCAAGAAGUGGUUAUUGUUGGGGCCACGAACGGUUUAGUCGUUUUAUGGAAUGCAAAUACGCUAGAAAGACUAAUGAUAUACGCAGGACAUAGACUUGCAAUUGCUUCUAUCAUUGAUGACGGGACUGAUAUUUAUAUUGCCGGGAGAACAGGAAUUGUUACUAAACACAAUAAACUAUGUCAAAAAGAACUCGAAAAGCUACAAAUAGGAAAGUUUUUAUUACAAUUACUUUCAAUUAAAGGAACAACAUUUGCAUCUAUCACAGAUUCUUUACUUGUAUGGGAUGGAAAGCAUAUAAUUAAGACAUUUAAUGCUAUUGAUAUCGGAACAAAUCCAAUUGCUUGCAUGAAACCACCUGAAUUAUUAUUACUUGGAAAUCGUCAAUCAACUGAACUCAAACUUAUAUUCUUAGAGUCCCUUUUGUUCCCUAAAACUGUAACAGUACUCGAUAAGCCACCAAUUGGAAUGAUUCACUUCGGAUCUGUUUUUUAUGUUCUUACAAAGGGAGGACAUGUUUACGUGAUUCAGCCAGGCCAAUAA